UCACGUGACUCCAGGGCCGCAGGAGGCGCGCGCCGGUGCGACGUCAACACAGCCCGCUGAGCUCCCCCGGCCUGUGUACCGCGCUUGGGCCGCGGCUGAGUCUUCUGAGCGCCCGGAUCGGGCGGUUUGCUCAGUACCUUUGCGGCCGCAAUGGACAACUCCGGGAAGGAAGCGGAGGCGAUGGCGCUGCUGGCCGAGGCGGAGCGCAAAGUGAAGAACUCACAGUCCUUCUUCUCGGGCCUCUUUGGAGGCUCAUCCAAAAUAGAAGAAGCAUGCGAAAUCUACGCCCGAGCAGCAAACAUGUUCAAAAUGGCCAAAAACUGGAGUGCUGCCGGAAACGCGUUCUGCCAGGCUGCCCAGCUGCACCUGCAGCUCCAGAGCAAGCACGAUGCGGCCACCUGCUUCGUGGACGCAGGCAACGCGUUCAAGAAAGCCGACCCCCAAGAGGCCAUUAACUGUUUGAUGAGAGCAAUUGAGAUCUACACAGACAUGGGCCGAUUCACGAUCGCAGCCAAGCACCACAUCUCCAUAGCCGAGAUCUAUGAGACGGAGCUGGUAGACAUCGAGAAGGCCAUCGCCCACUACGAGCAGUCUGCAGACUACUACAAAGGCGAGGAAUCCAACAGCUCGGCCAACAAGUGUCUGCUGAAGGUGGCUGGUUACGCCGCGCAGCUGGAGCAGUACCAGAAGGCCAUUGACAUCUACGAACAGGUGGGGACCAAUGCCAUGGACAGCCCCCUCCUCAAGUACAGCGCCAAGGACUACUUCUUCAAGGCGGCCCUCUGCCACUUCUGCAUUGACAUGCUCAAUGCCAAGCUCGCUGUCCAGAAGUACGAGGAGCUGUUCCCCGCGUUCUCCGAUUCCCGGGAGUGCAAGCUGAUGAAAAAAUUGUUAGAAGCCCAUGAGGAGCAGAACGUGGACAGCUACACCGAGGCGGUGAAGGAGUAUGACUCCAUCUCCCGGCUGGACCAGUGGCUCACCACCAUGCUGCUUCGCAUCAAGAAGACGAUCCAGGGCGACGAGGAGGACCUGCGCUAAGCCCGCCCAGCCCCCUGGCACCUGUCUUCCUGCCCCUCCGCCCGCUCUCCCCUGGCCAGACCCUCCAGCGAGGAUCACGGUGUGAGCCCGGAGAGAGGCGGAGUCCGAGACCUGGGCUGCGUGCCCUUCCCUCCUUCCCACCCUGGAGGCUCGCAGGCCACAGUGUGGGCUCAGCACUGCUUCAGUGGGCCCUGCAGCCGGGCCCGCUGGCCAGACAGUCACCCUCUGUUCUCGCUGCAUCCCUCACCCCCUGCACCUUUAUUUAAGUCCCCAGAAGUGCCCUUCUCCACCCUAAAACACAGAAUCUUCGACACAGACCUACUUGCUGCGGGCGCUGCCAGGGUCGGGGUCGGCACCUGUCCCCCGCAGCUCCCAUCCAGCUGAGUCACAAGGUUGGUGUCUGUCUCUCCACUUUUGUCCUCCGGCUGAGCUCUCAGUCCAUGUAGCCCCACGAUUUUCUCUCAUUGCUGGGGGUGGGCUCCUCCCGCCUCCCCUUGCGCCUCGCCCCAGCACUGGAGCCUCCCAGCCUCCUGCAGCCCUGACCUCUCAGGAUAGACCCAGGCCCUGGAGCUCAGAGGGUUGUCCCUAUCCUCACCCCUCCAUCUCCUCCCUGUGCUUUGAUGUGUUGCUUGUCGGAAGCUGCAGCUGGCUCGGGGAAGGAAAUAAAAGACAACAUUUGUGCAUGA